AUGGCGCUGAGGCGGAGCAUGGGGCGGUCGGGGCUCCCGCCGCUGCCGCUGCUGGCGGGUCUGGCCACUCUGCUGCUCCCGGAGCCCGCGGCCGCAGGCCUGAAGCUCAUGGGAGCCCCCGUGAAGCUGACAGUGUCUCAGGGGCAGCCGGUGAAACUCAACUGCAGCGUGGAAGGGAUGGAGGAGCCUGAGAUACAGUGGGUGAAGGAUGGGGCUGUGGUCCAGAGUGUGGAUCAGGUGUACAUCCCUGUCAGUGAGCAGCACUGGAUUGGCUUCCUCAGCCUGAAGUCAGUGGAGCGCUCUGAUGCCGGCCGGUACUGGUGCCAGGUGGAGGAUGAGGGUGAAACUGAGACCUCCCAGCCAGUGUGGCUCACGGUAGAAGGUGUGCCAUUUUUCACUGUGGAGCCAAAAGAUCUGGCAGUGCCACCCAAUGCCCCUUUCCAACUGUCUUGUGAAGCUGUGGGUCCCCCCGAACCUGUUACCAUUGUCUGGUGGAGAGGAGGCACAAAGGUUGGGGGACCCGCUCCCUCUCCUUCUGUUUUAAAUGUAACAGGGGUGACCCAGAGUACUGUGUUCUCCUGUGAAGCUCACAACCUAAAAGGCCUGGCCUCUUCACGCCCAGCCACUGUUCGUCUUCAAGCACUGCCUGCAGCCCCCUUCAACGUCACAGUGACAAAGCUCUCCAGCAACAAUGCUAGUGUGGUCUGGACACCAGGUGCUGAUGGCCGAGCCCUGCUCCAGUCCUGUACCGUCCAGGUGACGCAGACCCCGGGAGGCUGGGAGGUCCUGGCUGUCGUGGUUCCUGUGCCACCUUUUACCUGCCUGCUUCAGGACCUGGCACCUGCCACCAACUACAGCCUCAGGGUGCGUUGUGCCAACGCCUUGGGACCUUCUCCGUAUGCUGACUGGGUGCCAUUUCGGACAAAGGGUCUAGCCCCAGCCAGCGCUCCCCAGAACCUCCAUGCCAUCUACACAGACUCAGGUCUCAUCCUGGAGUGGGAAGAAGUGAUCCCUGAGGGCCCUUUGGAAGGCCCCCUGGGAUCCUAUAAACUGUCCUGGGUUCAAGACAACGGAACCCAGGGUGAGCUGACAGUGGAGGGGACCAGGGCCAACUUGACAGGCUGGGAUCCUCAAAAGGACCUGACUGUGCGUGUGUGUGUCUCCAGUGCGGUUGGCUGUGGGCCCUGGAGUCUGCCUCUGGUGGUUUCUUCUCACGACCAUGCAGGCCAGCAGGGCCCUCCCCUCAGCCGUACAUCCUGGGUACCUGUGGUCCUGGGUGUGCUGACAGCCCUGGUGACGGCUGCUGCCCUGGCCCUCAUCCUGCUUCGAAAGAGGCGCAAGGAGACACGGUUCGGGCAAGCCUUUGACAGUGUCAUGGCUCAGGGAGAGCCAGCCAUUCACUUUCGGGCAGCCCGGUCCUUCAAUCGGGAAAGACCUGAGCGCAUUGAGGCGACACUGGACAGCUUGGGCAUCAGCGAUGAACUAAAGGACAAACUGGAAGAUGUGCUUAUCCCAGAGCAGCAGUUCACUCUGGGCCGGAUGUUGGGUAAAGGAGAGUUUGGUUCAGUGCGGGAGGCCCAGUUGAAGCAGGAGGAUGGCUCCUUUGUGAAAGUGGCUGUAAAGAUGUUGAAAGCUGACAUCAUUGCUUCAAGCGACAUUGAAGAGUUCCUCAGGGAAGCAGCCUGCAUGAAGGAAUUUGACCACCCGCAUGUGGCCAAGCUUGUUGGGGUGAGCCUCCGGAGCAGGGCCAAAGGCCGUCUCCCCAUCCCCAUGGUCAUCCUGCCCUUCAUGAAGCACGGGGACCUGCACGCCUUCCUGCUCGCCUCCCGGAUUGGGGAGAACCCCUUUAACCUGCCCUUGCAGACCCUCAUCCGCUUCAUGGUGGACAUUGCCUGUGGCAUGGAGUACCUGAGCUCCCGGAACUUUAUCCACCGAGACCUGGCUGCUCGGAAUUGCAUGCUGGCAGAAGACAUGACGGUGUGCGUGGCUGACUUUGGGCUCUCCCGGAAGAUCUAUAGCGGUGACUACUAUCGUCAGGGGUGUGCCUCCAAAUUGCCUGUCAAGUGGCUGGCCCUGGAGAGCCUGGCUGACAACCUAUACACUGUGCACAGUGAUGUGUGGGCCUUCGGGGUGACCAUGUGGGAGAUCAUGACUCGUGGGCAGACGCCGUAUGCUGGCAUUGAGAACGCUGAGAUUUACAACUACCUCAUCGGCGGGAACCGCCUGAAACAGCCUCCAGAGUGUAUAGAGGACGUGUAUGAGCUCAUGUACCAGUGCUGGAGCGCUGACCCUAAGCAGCGCCCAAGCUUCACGUGCCUGCGAAUGGAGCUGGAAAACAUCCUGGGCCACCUGUCUGUGCUGUCCACCAGCCAGGACCCCUUGUACAUCAACCUCGAGGAUGCCAAGGAGCCUGCUGAGGGAGGCAGUGUGGAGCUGCCUGAUGGGGACCAGGCCAGCAGUGGGGCUGGGCAUGGCAAUGGCAUUGGGGAAGAGAGGGCCACCCCCAGUAACUGUCGGUACAUCCUCAGCCCUGGGGGGCUAGCUAAGCGGCCUGAGCAGGAAGAGCAGCAGCCAGAAAGCCCCCUCCAUGAGGCCCAGAGGCUGCUUCUGCAGCAAGGGCUACUGCCCCACAGUAGCUGUUAGCCACAGGCAGAGGGCAUCCGGGGCCAUGUGGGUGGCUCUGCUGGCCUGUGCAGGCUGACUAAGCCCUGUCUGACCCCAGCCCAGGCAGCAAGGCAUGGAGACUCCUGUGGUAGUCCUCCCAAGCUGUGCUGGAAGCCUGGACUGACCAAAUCGCCCAAUCCUAGUUCUUCCUGCAGCCACUCUGUGGCCAGCCUGGCACCAGUUCAGGUCUUGGCUGGUAGAGAUGGGCCAGGCCUGGUUGUCUAAACCUAGGCAGCUGGCAGGAGGGGGUGGUUAUGUUUCCAUGGGUGUGGAGAGAAUUUGGGGGAGGGUGGAUCCAGCCCUGUGGGCCCCUUCUCUCGUGGCUCAACUGUCCCUGCUGCUUUAGUGCAUGCAGUAAGGUGUCUUUGGCCCAGGAACCCAGCUGUGCCCAUGCUUGGGGCUUAAGUGCCCAAAUCUGCCCCUCCUCUCAAAGAUCUGCCCUUGUAUUAGUCCCUUUUAGGUAAGAGUUGGUAAGGGGCUGGUAUAGUUAGAUCCCAAAUCCUGGGGUGGAGACAGUGGGGCACUCUCAGGUCUGCAUCAUUGUCACCUUCCUGAUCACCCACCCUCCCUAGUCAGGGAGUAAAGUGUAGCUGGCCAGGUCACAGCAAGGCAUGCUGGGUUAUCACAGGCUACCUACUGUUUGCCCGGCUUUGAAAGGCAAAGCACUGAGCCUGGCAAGAGUAAGGGGGGCUGUAGGGCUGGCCCAGGAACAAGUGAGGCUAGAGAGGAAUCCAGGAGCCCCUCUUCACGCCCUCUCACAGUCUGUCUGCGCAUGCUACCAAAUCCCGAAAUAUCCUGAGACUAACAAAGGUAGCUGUGUCUGAGCCCAGUGCUUCCAAGCAGCAUUCCUUAGUCUCAACUUCCCCUCUAACUGGAGACCCUCUUCUGUCCCAAGUCUUUGGAGAUGGAGAGAAGGUAGGCCUGAUGGUUGGUGUGGGUAAGGGGAAGUUACUGGAGCCUGGACCCCAGCUCCAGGCUGGUCAGGGGAACCUCCGGAAGUGCAUGGGGCAGGCCCUUGUUGUUAGGGACAUUUCCAAGCUGUUGAAAACAGAAAUAAAAUUGAAGACUAAA